UCAUGAGCAUCCCCCACCGUCAGCUUCCCUGAAUUCUUCCCUGAAGACUGAGGCAGAAGACACGUGGGAACCUUCAGGGCCAUAUCCUGCUGAGCUGGCUGCCCCCUUCCUCUUCUUGGAGGCCUGGUCACAGGCUCCAGAGCACAGCCUGGCCCAGCGAGAGGCCUGUGAGGGUCAGGGUGGUCCCAAGAGGCUCAAGGGGCCUAUGGCAGAGAGGGCUGGGUGGGGUAUCGUGGGCAGGAAGCGGAAGCGUCAACCCCUAGCUGCAGUUGAGCGCGAGCUCACUUCUCACUCGGUACUGUUGGAGCUAGAGGUGGGCACCCAGCGCUGAGAAGCCUGCGGACCCAUGGACCUGCCCUGUGCCCUCGGGCUUGGGACGCUGCUGGCCCUGCCAGGGGUCCUGGGCUCCGGCGGCGCCAAGGACACGGUGGGCUCCAGCUCUGUCACUGUGGUCCUGCUGCUACUGCUGCUGCUCCUGCUCGCCACUGGCCUGGCCCUGGCCUGGUGCCGCCUCAGCCGGGACUCCGGAGGCUACUACCACCCGGCCCGCCUGGGGGCCGCGCUGUGGGGCCGCACCCGCCGCCUGCUCUGGGCCAGCCCACCAGGCCGCUGGCUCCGGGCCCGGGCGGAGCUGGAGUCACCAGAGGAGGACCCCGAGCGGCAGGAGGAUGAGCAGGACGAGGAAGACUACAGCCUUGACGGUGGUCCCCAGAAGGCCGAGCCCCAGGAAGAGGAGCAGCGGUGCGGAGAGCAGCACAGCCCACAGCACAGCCCCCAGCACGGCCCAGAGCCCGCACAGGAAGCACGUGAGGGUGACGCCGGCGACACUGAAGGGGGCCUGAGCCUGGGCUCCAAGGAGCUGCGAGGCUCAGCAGGCAGCUCCGAGGCCCUGCUGAGCGACCUGCACGCCUUCGCUGGCAGCGCCGCCUGGGACGACAGUGCUGGGGCAGCUGGGGGCAAGGGCCUCCACGUCACCGCCCUGUAGGGGCCAGCCCUGGGGCCACAUCCCCGUCGCUGCGCCUCUGCUUCCCCAGCUGCCGUGACAGGAGUCUGCCUGCCCUGGACCCCACUGUCACAUCCACAGGGAGAGCCUCAGACUGUCACUCGCCCCUCAGGCUUGUCCCCAAGGCCAUGCAGCUCUGCCCCCUCCGGGAAGGGCACUCAUUCCCUGGGGCACUGAGCAGCCCUCUGAAAUAAAGCCCUCCACCCUGUG